AUGAAGCUCCAACAUCUUUAUGAGCAGAUUUUUCAAACGAACCCACAAUCCGCGGCACUGUGGAAGCGACAGACGCAUCGUCUAGCCAACUCAGCCGAGUCCUCGCAAGCCCCUAACGUGACCUUUGGCAUCUACAACGCCCAACGCCGUCAUGCCAUCCCACCCUCUCUGGCCGAUGAUUUGCUGGCCAGUGAGCCAUUUCGCCUACUACUCAUCGAGCCCCUCACGCCGGCCGAUGUCACCACCCGAAGGAACCGGCUGAUUCGGAUCUUCGAACGGGCCAUCCAAGCCAUGACAAGAUGCGAGAUGUCCACGGGCGGCCAUCUUGAUUUUCAGUGCCUUCCACAACUGGGCAAAUCGUAUCACUGUGGCACUGAUCACAUGAGAUUCCACGUCUACAACUGCCACCUAGGCGAGUCCAUUUGGGAGGGACGUCGGAUCCUACUCGUCACUCAGCCCGGGGUCAUCUACACGGCCCUAAUGUAA